AUGGAUGGUUACUUUGAUUUUUUAGAUGUAAAUAGUUUCUCAAACCUUCCUACUAACUUCACCAUUACCUGCUUAAUUACAACGUUUGAACCGGCACCUUCGCACCAAGGCGCACAGCCAGCUCGCCGCAAGUAUACCUACGCCGCCGCCUCCCCAGGGAGCUGCAAGGUGAAGUGGACGGCCGAGGAGAAGCCGCACGGCGGGACCGGGCUCUCAAGUGGGAGGCGGAGCUCGCCUCCCCCCAACGACGUCAGCUUUGAUCACAAGUGGAAGUGGGAGCCCAAGUCCAAGCCCGGUGCCGCCGGCAAGGCCAAGACCAAGCUCGAGGAAGCCAACGAGGAUGACAAGAAUAAGCCGGCGAGGAAGUGCAUGCAGAUCGAGGAGGUCCUCGCCGGCUGCGACGCCAUCGGCAAGUGGAAGGUACCACUUGGUGUUCUUACCGACAAAUUGUUAUAUGUUUUGUCUAAACGUUCUAACCGGCACCCUCGCGCCACGGCGCGAACCCGAUCUAGUUGGAUAAGAAGCAAGCGGCCAGGGAUAGCGAUCCCAUGCCAGCAUCCAUCCCCAAUCCCCACGACUGACGCGGGCGGCGACUGCCAUGGCCGGUCGGCCGUUUCUCCGGCAACUCGUGGAGAUACCACGACCCGGGUGGAGCGCUGCCGAGCCUCGCGUUGGAGGCCGGAGAAGGCUGCGCCAGAGGACUCCGGGGAGGGCGUGCCGGCCCGAUUGGGCACAGGCAAAGAUGCCCACGACCGGUCGACCGCACCACCGGCGGCAAGAGGAUCUCCCGUCCCGCUCGUCCUCGGAGUAGGAGUCACCGGGGAGGUGGGUGCCAGAUACGACGCCGUUGGAAGCGCCAUUCGCGAGCCCGAGCGCCGCUGGGCUCCAUGUGUCAGCGCCGGGGCCGGGUCGCCUCUGCGCCAGAUGCCCGUCGCUCGUGCGCCGGAUCACGCGGCCGAGGGCGGUCUCCCACCAUUGGACGCCGAUGAGGCGCCUUGCCGAUGGGGCCCGAGGGUUCGACCGCCGCCGUUCUUCGCGACGAGACUGUCCCUCAUAGAGGAAACAAAGGAUUCAUGGCCACAGCGCGCUGCAGAAACGUCGGUCCUGAGGGCGGCCGCAGUAGCGGGCACCACCACACCGACGAACACGCGAGCGAGCGAUGCUGUAGGGGGGAUCGUCGCGCAGAUGGAAUCGCUCCGCCGGGAGCGUGCUGAUAACGUGUUGAAAGGGAAAACAAGAGAACAAUCGAGAGAGCCUCGGCACAGAUGUAAAAGUGAAUAAGUGUCCUUUCAUUAGAUGAUUGUAGGUAUUUAUACAGGCAGAAGGGAUGCAUCCGUUCGGGAGAGAUGUCAGGAAUCGACGCGACAGUUGCCAACGCAAACUGGCUGCGGUUGGUACAAGGGGAGAUUCCCCCAUAAUUAACACAAGUUUAAUUGAGCUUUAACAAAGAGCACUCUGCUCGCUUGAGAAUCGACCAUGCCGACAGGAAGGUUCUUGAACCGAGAUCGAUUCAUCUUCAACCUUUUGUGGUGGAUAGUGUCAUAGGCGCAUCAGGUGCUAAAUGUGUAGUGUCAUAUGAGUUGUAUCUUGACACCGACGGAGCUAUGGAGGGCCAACUUGGUUCGUGGCCGCCUAAGGUUGGAGGAAAAAAAUAUUAGACCUUUUUUGGUUCAUAGGAUAA